GAGAGAGAUAGAGCAUUGAAAUUACAAUCGAUCUCUUUUUCGAAUGAAACUUCACUUCAAACGAGGCAAACAAGAGGGACUUCAUCCCGCACCUUUCUACUUAACCACCACCACCACUCCGGCCUCCGCCACAUCAACCGCCGCCCAAUCCAUGUGUAGUAGCAGUAGUCCCUCCCAUUCCGAGCCUCAAGCUUCUUCUCAAAUCCACUCACCCGACCCAAAUCCCCAAAAUGACUCUCACUCUCCCCCCCAAGACCUAGUUCCACCAAUUGAUCCUGCAAUCCAACCCGACCCGGAUAAGCAAAAUCCCAUAUUGGAUCACAUCAACGACUGUGAACAAGACCCGGAAGACGAAGCCGACGGCGAUCGGGAAGACCCGGACCAAGACCCGGAUAACCCAGGUGAUACUCUCUCUGAUUUUCCCGAUCCCCCUUGUUCUAUUGAUACCCUUGUUGACCCAAACGCCGGUAUGGUGUCAACCAGGGCCCAGCCUUCCUUAAAGAGGUCAUUGAGUAAGAGGAAGAAGGGGAAAGUGAAUGUUAAGAAACUGCAGGCUAUUGAGAAGAAAUUGCAAACCCUUUUGGAUAAUUUGAAGCCCGUCCCUUUUGUGCCCUCUAGGGUUUCUGAGUUUUCGAAACACGAGAGGUUGCUAAAGUGGCUCGGGUUGUGGGAUUUUUGUCAUAUUGAAUUUGAUAGGAGUCUUAGGGUUGACUUGAUUGCGAAGUUGAUUGCUAAUUAUGACCCUAAGGGCCGGUGUAGUUAUGUUAAUGAUCUCCGGAUCAAUGUUAAUCGUUCUGAUUUAGGUAGGGCUUUAAGACUACCCGUUAAAAAGGAGAAAGGCGUUGAUUUAGUGGACUUGGAAUUCGAGACGUUGUCUGACGAAUCUAUUGGUUUUAUUGAGAGUUUUGUUUCAAACUGGAUACUCUUGCAUGAGGACACUUGGAUGAUGCCCAAUGAAGUGUUGAAUUGGACCAAGGCUAUCAAGGAUGGGCAUCCCGGAAAGGUGGACUGGCCAGGACUGAUAUGGUUCAUGGUUGAGAAGGAGUUGAUGAAAGGGGAACGUUUGGUUGAUUGUUAUUAUGCUUCGCAUUUUCAGUGUUUGAUUAAGUCACAGCGUGCCGAGUUGAUGUUAACAAAGCCCGAGGAGCUGGUUUUGGAAGAUACAGGGGAUUUGGAGAUUGAUGGGGUGGUCUUGAAGGAGGAGCAAGAGAGAGUGGAUCUGGAUGCAGAAGAGGAGGUUGUCAUGGAAGAGAAGGAGAGCAAAGAGAAAUUGGAUGCAGAGGCAACAGAGGAUAAGGGUUCCGAUGUUAACAUGGAUGAUAUGAGUCAGGUUCAGGGAAAUGAUGUGUUUGGCGGGCCUAAUGUUGAGUUGACUUUGGGACCUGAUGUUGGGGAAAAGGAAGGGGGGAAAGAUGCUGCCACGAUGGAUCUUGAGGAGGAUGUGGCGGAGGGACAGUGGCGUGUGGAUGGAAAGAACAAUUUCGGUCAGCAUUUCUUGCAGCCUUGUGGUGCAGGACAUGCUGGCCGGUUUGAUAGUUUUGAGGAGAGGAAGGAGGAAGUUGAUGAGCUGGAGGGUGAAGACGACGAGGAAGAAGAGGCAGAAGAAGGAUUUGAUGUUGGGCCAGGUGAUGAUACUGUUGGAGGGGAGGGAUUGACUGGCAAUUUUCUUCAAGGUAUGGAGGCGGACCAUAUUGUUUUUUCACAGGGACAUCUUCAUGGUGAUUCCUCAAUUGAUCUUGUUGACAGUAGGAAUGAGUUACAACAUUUAGCUUCUGAAGGUAUGUCAUUUUACAAUGCCAAUGGCAAGAGAGAAGUUGACCAUGAGCACGACAUAUUUCAACGUUCUCUUGAUAGUAGCAACAAGAGGUUGAGGACUGAUGGCCCAAUGGAUUUCAAGUCACUGGAUUUCGGGACAUGUAUGGGGCAGAUGCAGCAAAUGAUGGUUAGAGCUAGAAUGUUGUAUGAGGAAAAGGAGCAGAAUCUUGAGCAGUUGAACAUGCACAACCAGCUAUUACUUAAUGAAUUGGAGAAGAGGGACAGUGUGAUUGCACAAUUACAAAGGUCAAAAUCUGAGGAAAUACAGAAAAGAGAUGCAGAGAUGUACCGUCUUCAGCGUGAGCUGUUUCUAAUGAGAACACUCUUGGAUGACUACAGGAAUGCCUUGAAGCAAACCAAUAAGGCAUUUACGGAUUAUCGGCAAAAACGUCAGCUUCCUGAAGAGUCAAUUUAUAAAGAUGUUGGUCCUGGAGGAGUGGUCUUAAGCACUUCCGAAAUAGAGAAACAGCGGUUAAAAGAGGAAGAAGACUACAAAGUGAAUUGUACUAUCUUGGAGCAGAAGGCUGAGGAAGCGAUGGAGGGAUAUGAAUUCCAGUUAAAGGAGUACGUCGACAAGAUUUAUUGGGUGCGGAAUAAGCUGGCUGGCUUGGAGGAUGCUGUCAAAGAACUUCGAGAAUUGCGGUUGAAACCUAAAGUUUUAGAAGACCAACAACCUAAUGUUUCAGAAGACCUGCAGCCUGAAGUUUCAGGAGACCAGCAGCCUAAAGUUUCAGAAGACCACCAGCCGGAAGUUUCAGAAGACCAGCAGCCUAUAGGUUCAGAUGACCACCAGCCUAAAGUUUCAGAAGAUCACCAGCCUAAAGUUUCAGAAGAUCACCAGCCUAAAGUUUCGGAAGACCAACAGCAGGUUGUAGAUACGAUUGGAACUUCGGAAUGCCCUUCAAGUGGGUGAGGUGCUGCUUUAUACUUAUCCUGUUAAACCAAAGGGGAUUCCUGACCUCUUUCAGUGAAAAAGUUGUAGUUAUCUGGUCAUUUUUGUUCGAUAGAUUUCACUCUAGUAUAAUUGAAUGAUUAGUUUGUCGUAUGCGUAGCGAUUAUUCUCCUUUCUGAUGCUUGGGCCGCUCUUAUUACAAUAUGCAUCUAAUGUGAUUUUCCAACUCUUGUUGGCCUCUGUCCUGGAUUCCUUUUUUUUUUUGGGGUAUGCUAUCAUGUUUUGUGAAUAACUAUGCAAUAUUUCCAAUUAGUGGCAUCUACCCGGAGAUUCUUAGAUUUCAUGUUAGUUGAUUAACUAGUCUUUGAUGUGUAUUAUAAUCGUUUUCUUCUCUUUGCUUCAUGUUGGAGCUGCAUGUUCUGUGACCAUAUUAAUUUUGUUUGAGUACAUUUUUCUUAUUCUUUGGAGAUAGUUCAUCAUGGUAAGCUCUCUAAAGAAUUUGCCAGAGGCUGUUUAAAUG